AUGCUGCUUUGGAAUAUUCUACUGGUGUUUACGGUUGCCGCUACCAUGGAAAAAAUGGUGCCAAAAAUUGCUGAAAAAGUUCAUCCGAAUACAACGUUUGUAAUCUUUGGUACUCGACAUGGUCAUAAACAUCCAGAUCAGUAUCUCAAAGAGCAUCCAAAUCCAACAGACAACUUUGAGGAUGACGAAAAAGAACUUUCACCGUUUGGCAAGUUAGAAGCCUAUGAUAUGGGACGAGAAAUUCGUGAAUUUAUUGGAAAUUUGGUUGGCGAACAGUACAACAAAUCUGAAGCCAAAUUUUUCAGCUCCAGUGCCGUCGCUUGCCAACUGACCUUGCAGAUAGUUUUGGCUGGUUUAUAUCCACCGAAAAAUGAACAACAUAGUUGGAUUAAAAAUCCCGAAUGGGUACCUAUCCCAUACACUAUUACCGAUCCAAUGCUUCGAAUGUUUGCGAUGAAAAACUGCCCAAGAGCUGCUGAAGUAUGGGCACCGAUUCAUAAUGAAACAGUCGAAGCUAUGGCUCAAUAUACAGCAGGAAAGAAAGAGGUCUUAGAAUACAUUGCAAAUAACACUGGAUGGAAUCCAUCAAUUGCUGGUGGUGCAGAUUUGGCCAAAAAUUUAAUCUCAAUGAAACUUCACAAAACACCGUUCCCAGAUUGGAUUUCACAUCCCAGACUGGCCAAUUAUGAUAGCAAUCGUCUGAUGAGGGAAAUCCUAGAAUUAGAUGAAUUGUCAUUGGAACAGUGUGCUUUACACGAACCGUGCCAAGACCUGAUGGGUGGCGUCUGGUUGCAACAUAUCCUUCUACUUUUGAAAAAUGCUUCACGACACGAACUCAACUACAAGAUUGUUGGUUACUCUACGCAUACUGAAAUCAUGCUAUCUUUAAUGAGGCUCUUACAAUUGGACAUCGAAGGUUUGACAACGUCUGCUGGAUUUUUGAUGGAAUACAGAGAUUAUCCAUAUCCGUCAGUUCGUUUCUUAAUUCACGAUCCAAAUCCUGUCGAAAGCGAUAGCCGUAUAAUUCGCCAUGCCACCUACACCAAUAAACUGAAGAGCUAUGCGGACAGCGAACAAUGGAUACAACUCGAAAGAUUUAGUGAUGUGGUCAAAGACAAAGGAAUCUGGGAUUGGGAAGCUGCUUGCGGAAAAUUGACAUGCACCCUUGAUCAAGCAUUUGUAAUGGUAAAAACUGCGUCUGAAACAGAUCUCCGUGAAGAGUACUACGACAAACAAACUGGUCAACUGAAAAAGCAACGUAAGAAUUUGGUAGUUUUAGCCGCUGGUUUGGAAUCGAUGAGAGGAUUUUUGCAUCUUUAA